AUGAAAUCUCACAAUGCUCUCGCAUUUGAGAUUUCGUUGUUACAUCAUGAUCAUCUGGCCGGGCCAUGUUUUCCUUAUUUUGGACUUGGUGAGCUUGCGCUUGCUGCUAAUUGGGUAAAUAGCGGCGUGGGUUGUAGGGAUCAAAUUGGUUGGUUGGAUGAGAGAGCGAAAGGGGGUCUUCGGGUCAAUUUGUCUUUUAGAUCAAGCUAUCGUUACGAAUUAUAUGUUUGGCAUAAUUUGCAAAGGAGUGUGUGGCGCUAUCUGAAACUGGACGAGAACCGAUCCGUCUAUAUUACUAAACAACUGAGCAAGCUACACUUCAGCAGAGAAACAAUAGUGGGGAGGUUGCAUCGUACUGAUUCCGAAAUGAGUAGCUCGGAGGAAGUGUCGUGGAUUACAUGGUUCUGUGGCCUACGAGGGAAUGAGUUCUUUUGUGAAGUAGACGAAGAAUACAUCCAAGAUAAAUUUAAUUUGACAGGUCUUAAUGAGCAAGUUCCACACUAUCGACAGGCGCUAGAUAUGAUUUUGGAUUUGGAGCCAGAUGAUGACUUUGAAGACAAUCCGAACCAAUCAGAUUUGGUUGAGCAAGCUGCUGAAAUGCUUUAUGGAUUAAUUCAUGCUCGCUAUAUUCUUACAAAUCGUGGGAUCCAGCAAAUGAUUGAUAAAUGGCAUGAUCAUGACUUUGGCGUGUGUCCUCGUGUUUACUGCGAAAAUCAGCCAACGCUGCCAAUAGGUCUUUCGGAUGUACCCGGCGAAUCGAUGGUUAAACUCUACUGCCCUCGUUGUUGCGAUGUUUAUGUGCCAAAAUCAUCAAAGCAUCAGAAUACUGAUGGCUCUUAUUUCGGUACAGGAUUUCCUCAUAUGCUUUUUUUCGUACAUCCGGAAGAAAGACCAAAACGACCUGCAACGAGUUUUGUUCCACGAUUGUAUGGUUUCAAAAUUCAUCCCACUGCUUACGCCUUGCAGUAUCAACAGAGCCAGUGCAAUGGCAAUGUGAACAAUGGUUCGCCGACAGUGGCAGUAAAUAUGUCGCCAUUUACCGCUAAAUGA